CGAUGAGCUGCAGCAGUGUUGCAGGGUCAGAGUUCUCCGAGGAGGAGCUGGAUCUCGGCCUGUUGGACCGAGGAGACGAGGACGAUGAAAGUACUAAAGACAGCGAGAGCUCCACCAGCAGCCCGAGCGACCCGGAGGAAGGGCAGACCAAGAAGCGCAACAGGCCCGUGCGCUCGAAGGCGCGAAGAGUGGCGGCAAACGUGCGCGAGCGAAAGCGCAUCUUGGACUACAACCAGGCCUUCAACGCGCUGCGAGUCACUCUGAACCACGACCUCAGCGGCAAGCGUCUCUCCAAGAUCGCCACCCUGCAGAGAGCCAUCAACCGGAUUUCCGCGCUCUCCGUGUUCCUGAGCUCGAACCCCCCGAGCAAGCCCUGCGCCCACCGGGAGUGCGGCAGGUCGUCGGCGGUUCCGGCGGCGGCGGGAGCGUCCAGAGUGACGGUUCCUCGCCUGGAGCAUCAGAGCCACCUCCCCUGGCACAUGUCCAUCUCGCACCAGAUGCAGCCACAACAAGGAGCCCACAUGCACCGGCUGCCCGCAGACACACACCUCUACAUGGACAACAACGUGUCCUCGUGUCCCCCGUCGCCCCACUACCCCUGUUACCCCCCCGAGGGACAGAUUUACACCUCAAACGGACACUGCAGCAGCAGCAGCCCCCACGACCACCCGCCGAGCCCCCUGAGAUACCCGCAGGUAGGGGAGGGGUUGGGGUACCAGCCGGGGAUGUGGGCCUCCUGCACUCAGAGGUACAUGGACUCGUUUGUGGAGCCGUCUCCGGCUCUCGGGCUGCCCUGGCAGGUGAGCUACCUGCAGGAACCAGAGCACAACCUCCCCCUGUGUGCAGACGUACUGUAACGUAUACAACACUGUGAGCCCAGAGGACACAUACCAGAGGAACCUUUUAAUGAUCUCAGGGAGAAAUCAGUCAAUUCAGUAUUACAUCUUAUUGUAAAGCUUUGUAAUGUUAUUAACAGACAUGCAAAUGCAAUGACAAUCAAGACUGCAGAAUGUUGUACAUAUAUGUUUUCUUUGUUAAAAUAUUUUCACAUUUCAACAGAAUGUUUUGUACAAUUGUACUCAAAUUGUUUAUAUUUCCUGUAUCAGACAUCUGCACAAGCCGAAUUCUAAAGCAUGAACAACAACGCUCAAAAAAGCGACCUCAGACUAAAACACACCCUUAAUGCUGAAAGAGCAGCAACAACUGUACGGCUUACAUUCAUCUUGUACUGUUGUGUAACUCGGUCCUACACUUUGUUGUCUCAUGUGCAUCUUUAGGAAAUGUGACAAAGAUUUGUGGAUGUAUUUAUUGUGUGUGUUGAAUAAAACCUCAAUGUAGUUUGUAAAGCU